AUGAACGCCUUCAUGGUGUGGUCGCGGGGCCAGCGUCGGAAGAUGGCGCAGGAGAACCCCAAGAUGCACAACUCGGAGAUCUCCAAGCGCCUGGGCGCGGAGUGGAAGGUCAUGUCCGAGGCGGAGAAGCGGCCCUUCAUCGACGAGGCCAAGCGCCUCCGGGCGCUGCACAUGAAGGAGCACCCGGAUUAUAAAUACCGCCCGCGGAGGAAGACCAAGACCUUGCUCAAGAAGGACAAGUACUCGCUGGCCGGGGGGCUGCUGGGCGCGGGCGGGCCCGGAGGCGGCGGAGGAGGCGUCGGAGGGGGCCCGCCCGUGGGCCUGGGCGUGGGCCUCAGCCCCGGAGGAGUGGGACAGCGCCUGGAGAGCCCCGGCGGGGGCGGAGGAGGAGGCGGCGGAGGAUACCCGCACAUGAACGGCUGGGCCAACGGCGCCUACCCGGGCUCGGUAGCCGUGGCGGCGAUGAUGCAGGAGGCGCAGCUCGCCUACAGCCAGCACCCGGGCGGCGGAGGAGGAGGAGGCGGCGGCGGAGGAGGAGGGCACCCGCACUCGCACCACCCGCACCACCCGCACAACCCGCAGCCCAUGCACCGCUAUGACAUGGGCGCUCUCCAGUACAGCCCGCUGCCCAGCUCGCAGGGCUACAUGAGCGCUUCGCCCGCCGCCUACGGGGGCCUCUCCUACGGGUCGCAGGGACACCAGAACUCGGCCGUGGCGGCGGCGGCAGCAGCGGCGGCGGCGGCGGCCUCUUCGGGGGCCCUGGGCGCCUUGGGCUCUCUGGUCAAGGCCGAGCCUAGCGUCAGCCCGCCCGCCGGAGCCGCCCACGCGCGGGCCCCCUGCCCCGGGGACCUGCGGGAGAUGAUCAGUAUGUACUUGCCCGGUGGAGGAGGAGGAGGGGAAGGCGGGGACCCGGCGGUGGCUGCCGCGGCAGCGGCGGCGGCGGCAGCGGCGGCUCAGAGCCGCCUCCACUCCUUGCCCCAGCACUACCAGAGCGCCAGCACGGGGGUGAACGGCACCGUGCCCUUGACGCACAUCUGA